GGAGUCUCUUAUAUAGAGGUAGAAAAGUAGAAUAACUAAGACGCAAAACGCCAAGCUCAUCAGGUUCUAGGAAAACAACGGAUACAGUAGUUCCGCCACCUAUUGAGGCGGUCCGUUACGAGCUUGACCGGGGCACGGCUGCUGCGUUGCCAGGCGCCAUUCCUAACGACUUAGACAGUAUCGCUGCUCACUGAUCAGCUACUUCAAACACUCUCACGAUGGCUGAAGACGUCAGUCAGGGGAAAGUUGAUCUUGAAUUGCCACCUCUCGACAACAGACUCGUUGCAUCAGCAGCUGCAAGACUUGAUGCUGCCAAGAUUCCUCAUGUCCUAUGGGGCAAUUACAUGUUAACUAUCUUUGGAAUACCAACGAUAGUCGAUGGUAUCGACUUCGUUAUUGACGAUGAUUUCAUGGACGCCGCCUAUCACACUCUCCAAGGCGAAGGGUUCAAAGAGUGCAAGUCAGAAGGUUGCAUUAGUAAAAAGAACCUUGGCUAUGCUCCAACCCCUCAUAACCAUCUACACAUCACCGAAUCUCUAUCAUUGGGCUUUUAUAAAAAAUCCGACAUCCUGUGGCGACUUCCAAAUCUAUUAAACGUGGACGGCGAAACUAUAAUCCUAGCGUCUGAUCUGAAUCAACUACCCGGUCCAGACAUCCUAGGGAGAGGAGGGCGAUUCCAGCAGGAUCUGCAUCCAGUGCGCGUUCUGGCCGUCUAUCAACUAGUUCCUGCGCUGCUUUUGCUAGCAAAGAAAGACAUGAGCACCUACGGAAGAUACUGGAUGAAUUGGAUUAGUUACAUACUGGAAUAUUGCACCGAAAACGGCGUCUUUGAUCAAAACCGACUGACCGGAAUUUACAAGACCUACAUCAACGCUUUCCUUGAGGGCGAUUACACAGCGAAACACCAGGCUUUUGCAUGUAUUGGCAUUACAGAGUAGUAGAGAUGUUGGUGAUUGUAAGGAAAAGGAGGAGGGUCACUCCGGCCUCCGUCGUUCUUUUUGUACUCUUAAAGAAACUUCAGUUAUUUGCCGCCGCCACAUGUAGCUACGGACACCCUAAGAACGUGUCUGGUUAUGCUGAAAAUGUCACAUCCUAGGAAUUGUUGUUCCAUACUCAUAGUAUGUACUAGGUCGAGGUUAAGCCAAUAAAUUGUCUACGAAUACC